AUGCUUCGCCGGGUGCUGCGCUCUGCCGCGGCGGUCCUGCCCGCCGCCCUAGCGCUCGCGCAGCAAGAUCAUCACGAAGUUGCCCCACGGCAACAACGGCUAGGUGUUGUCGUUCCGGCCUACAAGGGCGACCUCGCCAGGGCCGUAUCGUCGCUCGAGCGAUGGCCCGCCAAGUGCUCGCCCCUGACCCUCGAGAAUGCCGACCUCGUGCUGUACUACGCGGAGGAAGAGAGCAGCGCCACGGCCUCCGCCCUUGAGAGCAUCUCCACCACGGCCGGCCGCUGCUUCUCGAGAACGCGGAUCGUGUACGCCAACCUUGCGCAAGAGGAUGACAUAUAUCCCCGAGGCCCCUCCGUCAUGUUCUACAACAUGUUCCUCGACGAGAGUGUUCGCUCCAGCCUCUCCGAGUACGACGCGCUCUCCAUCAUCGAGUGGGACGUGCUCGUCGCUAGUGACAACUCCUUCGAGGAGCUCUACCACGCCGCGUUCCGCGUGAACGAGGAGUUCUGGGUGAAGGGCAGCAACCUCGAGGGCACCUCGUUCCACUCGACCGCUGAGGCAUCGGAGAUGUGGCAGGUGCUCGGCCACAUCAACGGCAACGCCAUCUACAACAACGACGACCCCGCGUUCGUCGAGUAUGUGGAGUACACCCGGUCCCGCUGGGGAUACGAGCACCCGUACGACGUGGCGCUGUGGAUGACCAUCUCGGACUUCCCGUACAGCUGGCCUCUCUACCAGCGGUACUCGAGCAAGUUCGUCGUGACCAACCUGAUCUCCUCCGUCGGCUUCGAGCACGUGGGCCACGACAUGGUCUCUGACGCGGUUGCGGGGCAGACCCUUUUCAUCCACGGCAGCAGCGUUGAAGAAGGCAACGUCGCCUCCUUCAGGGCCGCCGCCGCCGCUGCCGUCGCCGUCGAGGAACCCCAGCCAGCCCAGCAGCGCAGCCGGAAGCUAACAAGCGUGCCGAAGUGGAAGACGGCAGAGAAGUGGAGGAACAGCAACGGCGACGGCACCCCCAAGUGGAAACGGAACCAGAAGUGGAAGACCAAGGACGACGGUAGCGAGCCCAAGUGGCGGACCAACCAGAAGUGGAAGAACAGGAACGACUCUUCCGACGACGACUCGUCUUCGGAUGCAGGGUGCUCGUCCCGCUGCGCGUACACGAGCAAGGACGGCACCAAGGGACGCGUGUGCGACUCGAACUGCUCCAGCCCGAACGUGUACGGCACCAAGGGAUGCAACGCCAAGCAGGGAAUCUACGGCGCCGACUGCCGUGUCUGCUACAACAACGUGGACAGGGCCCUCAAGCAGGACUCUCCGGACAACCGUGCCAUCAUGUGCUCGACCGUGAAGCCGGUGGACGUCUACCGCCGCCGUAUGUCUGCCGCGGACGAGAGCGAGCCCUCCCGAGUUGCACGUAGCCUGGAGGCGUUGAAUGAGGAGGCAUCGUCGCCGUCGGAGGAGGUGCAGUCGGCGGUGAAGGUCAACCAGGACCGGAAGCUGACGAGUGUGCCGAAGUGGAAGGCAAAUGAGAAGUGGAGGACCGCGAACGAUGACGGCGUCCCUAAGUGGCAGCGCAACCAGAAGUGGAAGACGAACAAAAACGACGGCAGCGAGCCCAAGUGGCGGACCAACCAGAAGUGGAAGAACAGGAACGACUCUUCCGACGACUCCUCGUCUUCCGACCCAGGGUGCUCGUCCCGCUGCACGUACACGAGCAAGGACGGCACCAAGGGACGCGUGUGCGACUCGAACUGCUCCAGCCCGAACGUGUACGGCACCAAGGGAUGCAACGCCAAGCAGGGAAUCUACGGCGCCGACUGCCGUGUCUGCUACAACAACGUGGACAGGGCCCUCAAGCAAGACUCCCCGGACAACCGUGCCAUCAUGUGCUCAACCGUGAAGCCGGUGGACGUCUACCGCCGUCGUAUGUCGGCCGUGGACGAGAGCGAGGCUUCCCGCGUGGCCCGUAGCCUGGAGGUGUUGAAGGAGGAAGCAUCGUCGCCGUCGGAGGAGGUGGAGUCGGCGGUGAAGGUCACCCGGGACCGAAAGCUGACGAGUGUGCCGAAGUGGAAGGCGAAUGAGAAGUGGAGGACCGCGAACGAUGACGGCGUCCCCAAGUGGCAGCGCAACCAGAAGUGGAAGACGAACAAGGACGACGGCAGCGAGCCCAAGUGGCGGACCAACCAGAAGUGGAAGAACAGGAACGACUCUUCCGACGACGACUCGUCUUCGGACGCCGGAUGCUCGUCCCGCUGCACGUACACGAGCAAGGACGGCACCAAGGGGCGCGUGUGUGACUCGAACUGCUCGAGGCCAACCGUGUACGGCACCAAGGGAUGCAACGCCAAGCAGGGAAUCUACGGCGCCGACUGCCGUGUCUGCUACAACGACCUGGAUAGGGCCCUCAAGCAAGACUCACCGGACAACCGUGCCAUCAUGUGCUCGACCGUUAUGCCGGUGGAUGCCUACGGCCGUCGUAUGUCGGCCGCGGAGGAGGGCCUGCCCUCCUUCGUUGCGCGUAGCCUGGAGGCGUUGAAGGAGGAUGCAUCGUCGCUGUCGUGGAAGGCCAGCCUGGACCGCAAGCUUACGAGCGUGCCAAAGUGGAAGGCAGAGGAGAAGUGGAGGACCGCGAACGAUGACGGCAUCCCGAAGUGGCAACGCAACCAGAAGUGGAAGACGAAGGACGACGGCAGCGAGCCCAAGUGGCGGACCAACCAGAAGUGGAAGAACAGGAACGACUCUUCCGACGACGACUCGUCUUCGGACGCAGGGUGCUUGUCCCGCUGCACGUACACGAGCAAGGACGGGACCAAGGGACGUGUGUGCGACUCGAACUGCUCCAGCCCGAACGUGUACGGCACCAAGGGAUGCGGCGCCAAGCAGGGAAUCUACGGCGCCGACUGCCGUGUCUGCUACAACAACGUGGACAGGGCCCUCAAGCAAGACUCCCCGGACAACCGUGCCAUCAUGUGCUCAACCGUGAAGCCGGUAGACGUCUACCGCCGUCGUAUGUCGGCUGCGGACGAGAGCGAGGCUUCCCGCGUGGCCCGUAGCCUGGAGGCGUUGAAGGAGGAAGCAUCGUCGCCGUCGGAGGAGGUGGAGUCAGCGGUGAAGGUCAACCAGUACCGGAAGCUGACGAGUGUGCCGAAGUGGAAGGCGAAUGAGAAGUGGAGGACCGCGAACGAUGACGGCGUCCCCAAGUGGCAGCGCAACCAGAAGUGGAAGACGAACAAGGACGACGGCAGCGAGCCCAAGUGGCGAACCAACCAGAAGUGGAAGAACAGGAACGAUUCUUCCGAUGACUCCUCGUCUUCCGACGCAGCGUGCUCGUCCCGCUGCACGUACACGAGCAAGGACGGCACCAAGGGACGCGUGUGCGACUCGAACUGCUCCAGCCCGAACGUGUACGGCACCAAGGGAUGCGGCGCCAAGCAGGGAAUCUACGGCGCCGACUGCCGUGUUUGCUACAACAACGUGGACAGGGCCCUCAAGCAGGACUCGCCGGACAACCGUGCCAUCAUGUGCUCGACCGUGAUGCCAGUGGACGUCUACGGCCGCCGCUUGUCUGCCAGCGACGAGAGCGACCCUCUUCGCGUUGCCAAGAUGAUCGAAGCGGAGGAUGUCGGGGAGGAGUUGAGCGUCGACGUCGACAGAGAGCAGGCGAUCCGUUUCUUCGAGGAGGCGGCCGAACGAUCGUACUCCCAGGACCUGAAGCGCCACAACCUUUGCGCCUUUGUCGGUGGUCGGGCGGGCGAGGAGGCCAUGUGGGAGGUGACGGUGAACAGCAUCCUGCAGUUCAUGCCGGGCAUUAGGGUGGCCAUCGCGGCUGAGGCGGAGGGGCUUGACGCGUACGAGAGGUCCAUGGGCGGUCUCCCCGGUGUCACCAUUUCCAGCACCCAGAACCCCGCCACGGCGGCCCUGUUCGCAGACCAGUACUGCGGGCCUGGCACCGCUCUCAUCUUGUACGUCGAGCCGGGGUCCGUUCUCUCCCGGCCCUUCACCUCCAAGGACACCCACUCCCCGCGGAGCGACCUCCUGGUCGUUUACACGGGCUCUCAGGGGAGCUACCACGACGCCCAGCUGAGGAGCCGCUCGGCUUCGGUGCUCGGGUUCGAUGCACCGUCCUUCACGCACGGCACCGACCUGAUGCUCCCGGUCGGCACUAACGAAGCCCUCCGGGAGUCGCUCGGGCUAAGGCAUGGUGCCAGCCUGCAGCACGACGGCGACGGGGCCUCGUUGAUCGCCCUUCAGGAGUUGGUGGGCUUCGACCAAGUCUCCGCUGUUCCCCAGGUACUUGCCGCGCUCGCCUACUCCCGCGAAACGCCCGGAGUGUGGUUUGUCGACCCCCAGGCUUGGGUCGGUCAAAACCUGUUCAAGGAGGCGUCCAUCUGGGACGUCCCUCUGGUCAAGCCCCGCUACACGUGCGCCAUCGCUCCCGUCCAGCUGGAGCCUGGCAGCCCCAACACUGCCGAGGUUUUGCAAAGCAACCUCGACUUCUUCUCGAAGGGAGGAAAAUGCGCCAACGGCCUGAUUGAUUUCAUGCCUUAGCUUUCAUCAACGUUUUCGCUUCUUGGUUUAGUUCUCUCCGUGUGAUACGUUUGUUGUUUUACUGCGGGUUGGCGCACCAUGGCUUGCCCGAGCUUGUUGUUGUUGCUGGGGCCAAUACCUGCUCCCGUCACUAUAGUGUAGUGCUGUACUAUUUCCGAUUUUGAAUGACAGAUGCUAAGUUGACGCAUGUGUGUUGGUGGCAGGAACGGUCUUGUUGUAUUAUAUGGAGCAACAUUUUAGCUUUCGGGGCGCGUGGGCGUUGGAGGUAUCGGUUGCUCGAGUGGGAACAGCUGUCUGUUGCUGGAGUCGGAACAACCCUCCGUCGUUUCCGCCAGCACGAACGCUACUUCGUGUUGGCCGUUCAAUUUUUCACGGGUGUACGGCAGGAUGGCAUCUGCCGUUCCGGCACCUAGCACUUGCGUUGGAAGCCAUGGCCGAAGAGACGAACGAUCCGUCACGGAAGGUCGUCACAGAAAGCAGGUUGUACAUAAAUACCGCUGUUUUCGAAGCUCUUGUUGCUGUCAUUUGUGCAACACGGUUGUGCAGAUCCGUCUACGGGGUGGGUCUGCUCCAGGAUGGUUGUUUCCGUUUUGUGUUUCUGAGCUGAUAGCGUCGUAAGGUUGUACGGUGCUACCCCACUUGGUGUUUGUGUUUGGACCAUGGUGACGUAUAUGCACCGUAUGUCGCGCAUGCUGUUUGCCUUAGGCAGGAGAGGCCUUUGAAGGUUACUCCGAAAAAAUUCACUGGGCUUAAGUCUUCUUCGUAUUGUGCCGCGUUUCGUUUGUUGCCGUCUCUCCCGACAGGGUCUCUGUUGUUAUCUUAAUCAUGUUGAAUCUGGUGUUAUACCGAGCAUCCUUCUUGUGCCACUAAUCGUGUACCAACAGUUGUCUUUCUUGUAACGAUGGGGAUAACGGCCGCUUGUUCGCGAAGUGCCGCGGAGUUGAUUACAGUGGUUUUACCGUCCUGCCGCGUCAUUUUGAGUCGGUGACACGUAGACUAAUACGCUGGGGACAGCCCCCGCCGGCGUGCGAUUAGAGGACAGGUCGGGUACGACCUUGUUGAAAGGACACAAUGCGGUCGAUCCCAUGAGGGCCUCGACAACGAUUUGUUGCCUGUCAGAAGUUUAUUGGGAUCGCCAGGGAGGUGGUUGUUUUUUAUUUGUUUUACAGGGAGGCGGUGCGAGGAAAGUGUGACGGGAGGUUCCCUUGCUCGAGAGUAUUUAUUUCGUGUGCGGUCGUUGUUGUGCGGUAUGUCUAGCAAUCACAACGUUUUUUUGUUCGGUUUCAUUUCACCGUAUCUUGCGGGUCUGUCGUUAUGACGACGCGUGUAUGGAUGUGAGGGUGGUUUUGGGGUUAUACUUCUCGUUUGCUGAUGCGUCUGUCAGGGUGGCGCCGCUUGUGAGGGUGGGGUAUGGUAAGUCAUACCGGGUAUAAUAUCGAAAUUUGGGUUGGCAGGCAAAAAGAAAAGAAAAUAUUUUGUGUACCCUAUCCCUAUUUUCCCGUUUGCUUGUUUGCUUCUCUUUACUC